GAACAAAAAACUAUUACUUCAUUACAAGAUGAAUGCAAAACCAAGGAACAAGAAUUGCGUACCUCACUACAACAACUUGAUCUUUUAACUUUUCACAAUCAACGUUUAACCAAACGUAUUGAAAGCUUACAAGAUUCGAGUGCUGCGAGGUUAUCACCCGGUUGGUUAGUGGGUUCGGCCAAAAAAGAACUUGAAAAAUCAAAAGUGACUUUAGAGGCUACCAAUAUAGAACUAAAUAGGAAAAUUGAAGAAAAUGAACUAUUUGAAGUUAACAGUUUAUAUACACAACAUGUGGCUUCUCUCCAAUCUAAGAUAUCGGAAUUGGAGAAAAAAACGGAAGAACUUCAGGCGCUUAUGGAAAAGAACGAGCAGAAAUUGAAAGAGGGUGAUGAUGUAUUGCAAGCUGAAGUUAUUGUACUUCGAGAUACGUUGGAAAUAAAUUUGGGUCUUUCAUACGAAUCACAGAUAGAUCAAUUUAGUGCAUUAUGUGAAAAAUUUGACAACGAAUCAAAUGAACUUAUCGAAAGUUUUAAACAAUUGCAAUCAAAUGCCCGUGAUUAUUUAAAAUCACUUAAAGAAAAGUCAGACUCAUCUUAUGAACUAGGCUUGAAAGUUAAAAGCGCUAGUUUAGUAUGGCAACAAAAUUUACAAAAACUAGUAGUAAAAUUGGCUUCUGCUCAAAAUAAAGAAAAUCUUAUUAAAGUCAACGAAUCUGAUUCGACUAAGAUCAAGGAUUUAGAAACUCAAAUUUCUCAGCUGAGAGAAGAGUUAGAUAGACAAAAGGCAACAUAUAAUGGUCUAGCGACAGAAAUGAAUCAGCAACAAGGAGGUAAUAACGUAGAAAACGGCGUUACUAGUAAUGAGGUAACAUCUUUACUUGUCAACGGAUUGAACGGAAUAUCGUCGAAUGGUGUAAAUCAUCAUGAUACAUUAGCCAAUAAAGAUAAUUCUGAAACAAGAGAAAAUAAUAUAAAUUCAUUUGUUUAUCCUCAUGAUUCUGAAAAAGGAGAAAGUACUGAACCUUCAGACCAACCAAUUAAAGAUACCUCACGCCCAACAGCUAUAACUGUUAUGACAACACCAAUAACAAGAUCUACAACUGACGACAUUGAUAUUAACGCAAAUCGCAAUGGUAAUUCAAGUAUUCUCGAGUUGGAGCGAGAUAUAGGGGGUGAUACUAGAAAACGAGAGGCUCUUAUUAAAAAUCAUUAUGAAUCUAAAAUAAACCAGUUAACAGAGCAGUUACAAUUGUCAGAUAGUAAAUCAUUGCGAUUAUACAAAGCUUCAAAAAUCAUUCAAGGAAGAUUAGCUGAAGCGGAUGAAGGAAAAUCACGAGCGGAACAAGAAAAGACAAGGCUACAAAACGAAUUGGACCAAUUGAAGGAAAAAUUGCGCGAAGAACGUGAAAAUUUCAAAACUCAAAUUGAUGAAAUGACAAAAUGGAUCAAUAAACAAGACGAAGCUAUUGAAGACAAAGAGCGCCAAUUAAAAGAUUUUAAAGCUGGGACUUCACCUGGUGGUGCUGCUCAAAAUGUUGCUCGAGGUGCUCAGCCAAAUUCAACUGUUUAUUUUGGAUGUGUCGGUAAUGAUAAAUACGCUGAACAGAUGCGUAAGGCUGCGCAGAACGAAGGUUUAAUUGUUGAUUAUUUGGUUACCAAUACACACCCAACUGGUACUUGUGCUGUUAUUAUUACUAAUAAUGAUAGGUAUUUAAAAAAAUUUUCCUAUUCCUUACACCUUGAACUACCUGAAAAAUGGGAAAUUGUAAAAAAUAUAAAAUUUUAUUAUAUUACGGGAUUUUUUAUCUCAUCUUCGUAUAAUUCGAUGUUGAAGAUUGCUAAGCAUGCGGCUGAAACAAACAAGGUUUUUACAUUCAAUUUAUCAGCUCCAUUUAUAUGUCAAGUUCCUCAAAUGAAAGAAAGUUUAAGCGAAAUUGUUAAAUAUUGUGAUAUCAUUUUUGGUAAUGAAUCUGAGGCUGAAGCUUUUGCCGUUUCUGAAAAUUGGGAGACGAAAGAACUUAAAGCAAUCGCUUUAAAAAUAGCGAAUCUUUCUAAAAUUAACACAUCACGUUCUCGUGUUGUUAUAAUUACUCAAGGUUCUGAGCCCACGAUUGUUGCAAAACAAAGCGAUGGUAGUGUAAAUGAAUUUUCCGUAAUCCCAAUCAAUGUUGAAGAAAUCGUUGAUACAAACGGCGCUGGUGAUUCUUUUGUUGGCGGGUUCUUAAGUCAGUAUGUGCAAGGAAAAACAAUCGAAGAAUCUGUUAAUGCUGGCCAUUGGCUGGCUAAUAUUAACAUUAAACGUGUGGGACCUACUUUUCCAGAAGAAAAAAUCCCUUAUUCUUCCUGA